UCAGGUUUAUCCGGUUCUGACUGUAAGAAGUAUCCACACCUGCUAACUAAAUUCGUUCACUACUCCACUGCUAAUGCAGUUGUGCUCUCCUGAACUACACAGUACGUAACUAACUUGGAGACACCAAGAACUCCUACAGUUUUUUCCCUCUGAAUCACAUCGACUGAAAGAAGGAUUCAAUUCAGCAGAUAUUUACCAAAGGAAUCGACACAAUGCAAUUGCUUCUUAGAGUUUUAAUAUCCUCUUGUCUAACUUGCCAACUAUGGACAAUUGGAAGUUCACAAUCUACAACUGAAAAUAGUACAACAGUUUCAAAGAUAACUUCUACUGUCACUGACACGUCAGUAAUUACCACUGUCAAUACAACUUUAGCAGAAUCAACCAGCAAUAUUUCCACCAUUACUACUUUCACAACAGGUGUGACCACGCCCAUGGAAAGCUCUAACACCCCACACACUACAUCAGUGAAAAGCACCUCUUUACUUAUAUCUACAGAAACAAGUCAACACACUAUAAGCAAAGGCACCACUGAAGCAGUAGAAACUACCAGCAAUCCUAGUAUGACCACGACAAAUCUUACUGAGGAAGCAGAAAAUUCUACUACGAUCACGGCAACUCCUGAUGUAACAACAGGAAAUUCUAGUGUGACAAUAACAAGUCCCAGUGUGACACCAGAACCUCCUAAUGGGACAAUGGCAAAUUCUAGUUUGACAACAAGUCCUAACGUGGGAAUGACAAAUUCCAGUGGGACAACGACACAUCUCAAUGGGAUGACAGCAAGCCCUAAUAUGACAUCUAAGGUGACUGAUGGUACUAUCACCACAGAUUCUGGAUCAACAACAUCCAGCAAUACCUCAACAACUAUCCCAGAUAUGAACACUGGUACAACUCCAACAACUGUACGCUCAUCUACUGCCAGUACGACAAUCAGUACUACAAUAACAACCAUCAAUGAUUUCACCACUAUUACGACAAUCAAUACAACCAAUGAAACAACUAACAGUGGGAAAGAUGCAUCUCCUGCUGAGAAGAAAAAUCAAGGAGGUGUGGUGAUUGGGGCAAUACUUGGCACCGUCUUGGGUCUCACUCUGGUCUUGCUUGUUGCUUAUGUGCUGUGUACACGCAGGAAGUCGGACAACGUCAGUCAUCGCAGACUGUACGAUGCCUUCCCGAAUGACCCAGUCCUUCGUCUGAACACGGAUGAUGCUGUGGAUUUAAGGUAUCAGGAUGGAGCAGCGUACUACAAUCCUGCUGCCAUGAACGACCCAUCACUUUACGGCGGACAAUCAGAGGGCAAUGUUAACUAUGCCAUACAGAUGGAUGACUUACCGCCUUCGUAUGGAAAUGUCGCAUAAACUAAAUUACAAAACAAACAUCUUAAAUGGAUACAAGUGAAAACCACAGGAGAGAAUUUACAGAUCCUUUUGCUAUUGUCAGUAGUAACAUCAAAUAGGUUCCAUCUGAAAGAAUGGGUAGUUUAUACAGAUAAACAAACAACAAAUUUGGAACUGUACUCACCCCAAAGAGCCAUGAAAAUGGCAAAGAAAACUGUGCCUCCAUUAUCAAACAAAUGCGUUACCUGGAGGAAGAGAAAGGAAUGAAAGCCUAAUUACCUUGUUAUAGAAAAUGGUCCUCAAUCAACAUACAAAUCCAUAGAGUAUUAAAUUGGAAUUUCACACAACUUCUACAGGUAGAGAAUGGAUUUUUCCUCUAAUUGAGAGAACUUGUAAUAAAUUAGACCUUCAGUGUUUUACUUGCACAUGAUGGCAUAGUUGACAGAGUUACACACAAGUUCUUAAUAUUAAAUAGCAUUUAAGUUUCAUGAGAAGAUGUGUGUUUUUGUAUCAAUGUUUGUUCAAUGAUAAAAUUACUUGUUUGCUACCAGUGCUGAACAUAAUUCUAACGAGCAGUAGAAAUGUGCUUGUACUGUGUCAUAGCAGUCAUCAUUUUAGAAAAGACAUGGCUCCUUUGGUAUGUACGUCGGUUUUAUGAGUUAUCCAUGUUGCUAUGUUUUGGGAGAAGUUACAUUUUGUCUUUCCAUAAGUAUUUUAUAUGGUAUGAUGGAAAUAUCACAUUUAACAUUCUUGUCUUUUUUGUGGUGUUCUGAAUCUCAGAUGCAGUGAUCUUUAAUGCUAGCAUUUUGAAACUGCUAUUACCUCCAUUUCAAAACAUUAAGGUAUCCCUGCAAUAACAGUUUGUAUAAAAGAAGUUCUGACUUUGAGCAGUAUAAACUGAUUUGAUACUACAUUGCCAAGGCACACUUAACUCUUUGAAUAAAUGUUGAUAAUUAUGGUAACACACUGCUGUUAUUUCUUUGUAAUAUGCAAUUUCAUAAUUAAUCAUGUACAAAUCUAAAUUAUUUGUGUUCACCAUUUACAAUAAAUC